GCCCUUCCUUCACCGCCUUUGCCAAGACGUGAUGCCGCCCGGUCCUGCCCGACACCUGCAAACCGCGCAGCGGAGGGCAAGGCCAGAGGGGGAGUCGCGCCGCCGUGGCCGUGCCCCGUCCCCAGCUCCGCUCCCCUCAGCUGCCCCGCGGCUCCCCCCGGGCGACAGCGGCGGCAGGGCCACGCAGCCGCCCCGCGCCCUCCUCCGCGGCCUCCCCGGCAGAGGAAAUCGGCCAGGGCAGCGGGGUGCGGGGCUCGGCCGGGGCGGUGCGGCGCGGCGCGGACAGGCGGCCGCUCCCCUUCCCGCGCCGUCCCGCUGGCCGCAGGACGAGGCGGGAAAGAGGGACGGACCCCUGAAGAGGAGAGGGACGAGGAGGAGGAGAAGGACAGCCCGCCCCCGCCCUCAAUAAUGUGGCUGAACCGGCAAUAUCUUGUGAAAUUAACAGGGCUUCUGUUGGCAUCGUUGGCUGCUUGGUACGUGGGAUACAUAUUUGCUGUUCUUGUACCCGAAGACACAAUAGCAGCAUCUAUUGCUAAUCUUCAAGACAUUGGAAAAAAAACAGUGCUGAGGGCCCCAGUACCAAAAAGGCAAAAGUGUGAUCACUGGUCUCCCUGCUCACCUGGGAACUACGCCUAUCGAAUUCUUAGUGGUGGUGGCAAAGGAAAGCUGGCUAAAAUUUGUUUUGAGGAUGAGCUGCUUAUAAGCGAAGAGAAGGGUAAUGUUGGAAGAGGUAUAAACAUUGCCAUUGUGAAUUAUAAAACAGGAAAAUUUACAUCGGCAAAAUUUUUUGACAUGUGGGAAGGAGACCACUCAGGAGAGAUGAUGACUUUCAUUAAAAAUGCACCAGAAGGGUCCCUCCUUUUGAUGGUGACUCAUGAUGAUGGAAAUGCCCGGUUAAAAAAUGAUGCCAAAAAAUUAGUAGAAGAGCUGGGAAGUAAAGAAAUAUGGAAUAUGAAGUUCAGGUCAAGCUGGGCUUUUAUAGCUGCCAAAGGCUUCAAGCUGCCAGAUGAUAUACAGAAAGAAAAGAUAAACCACUCUGACAAAAAGAAGAACAGAUACGGUGACUGGCCAGCUGAGAUCCAAAUAGAAGGCUGUAUCCCAAGAAACCUGAUCUGAACAAAUCCAUACCUUAUUAAUAAAGAUGAUUCUAUAUUUUUAUAUCUAUUUUAUACUCUAGUAAAUUGCCUCCAGAAUCCAAUAAGGAUCUCAACACUAGUUGUAAAAUAAGUCAUAUGCGCAGUUUUUAACCUUUCUUUCCUAUGGGAGGUUUUACUCUAAUACGAAAUCAAGUGGGUAUUUUAAUGACAAGUGGAAAUAAAAUAAUCUGGUUUGAAAUUACAAUGCUCAGGAAGUUAGUUAUAAAAUACCAGGAUUUUUGAAAGUGACUAUACAUUGUAAUCAGUAAUUUUAGGGUUUUGGUUGGUUGGUUUGUUUUUAGUAUGUAUUUUCUUUUGGUUCCUUUAAAUAUGCAAAUAGAACUUAGUCUAAAUUGUAAUACAAAAUCACUAGCAAUAAAGCAAAUUAUUUUGAUGUUA